GUAAUGAUAUUUUUCAUGGUUGAAGGAGAGAGAAAGAGAGACGACAGUUGAUGGAGCCCGCCAAGAAUUUGCACCUGUAAUUUCUCAAAAUCCAGUAUAUUAUAUGUAUCAUAGUCAAUGGAUGCAUAUAGCUGAAAACAAGUAAACCCUUUAGGGGUAAUCAUUGUCACUUUUCGAGUUCCUUUUCGAUAACAUCGAUUUCAGUUUUCCAGUAGUUUGGUGAUAUCUAUUGUCAAACGUUUUUUUACCUCCUUCAUAAUAUUAUUUGAAGUUUUCGUUAUUUAUUUUUGAGGAUCAAUUUAGGUUUUUUGAUCAAAGUUAGGGGUUUCAAUUCCGGUGUGAAGUGUUUUACUUUGGAGUAUUGAAUCUGAAGAAUGAUGUUUAUAUACAUCUGUUCGUGUUUGUAUAUCGAGUAAUUUGAGAGAUUAAGGUGUGUUUUCUGGUUUAUUUUAUACUCUUCAUAGUUGGGAAGGAGUUCGAUUUUGUUUUGAAGAAGAUAAAUCUGUAUAAAUACAUAAUUUGAGAGGUAAGGGUGUCAGCUUCUUCUCUUUGAUUCUUUCUGUUGAUAAAUAGUUUGAUUUUGUUGAAGAAGAAUCCACACACACACACAUGCACACAGUAACCUGUGAUAUAAAGGGUGUCAGCAUCUUUGCUGUUCGAUUGAUUCUGUUGAUAAUUUGCAAACAAAUUGGUGAGAUGUCAAUGGUUGGGACAUGAAGGUUUGUGGAUAUAUAUAUAUAGACAUGAACAUAUAUAGGGCUUUCAGCAUAAGGAAAUAACAAGUUUCAGAUGGCUGUGGUGAAUUCUGUAUCGGCACAGGGUGCACAAAGAAUCGAUCAGAUAAGGUAUCCUGUUGUUGAUAACUCAGAGAUCAUGGAAAUUAGAGGUGAAAUUGUUGAGGAAACAUCUCCUAGAGAAGUUGAAGAUAAAAUUUAUGUGGCGGUCGGCAAAGAUUUGAAAGAGAGUCAGUCGAUUCUUAGGUGGGCAUUACACAAUUCAGGAGGUAGACAGAUAUGCAUCCUUCAUGUUCAUCAACCUGCAGAGAAGAUCCCCAUUAUGGGCACAAAAUUUCGAAUAAACCAACUGGAAGCACAUCAAGUCAAGACCUUUCAUGAUGAGGAGAGGCAAACUAUGCACCAGCUUAUAGACAAGUAUAAGCAGAUUUGUCGUGAAGUAGGGGUGUCUGUGGAGGUGCAACAUAUUGAAAUGGAAUCUAUUGAAAAAGGUAUUGUUGAACUCUUACUUCAGCAUAAUGUCAGAAGGCUUGUCAUGGGAGCAGCUGCAGACAAUAAAUAUUCGAAGAGAAUGGUAGACCUGAAGUCCAAGAAAGCCAUCUAUGUACGAUUACACGCAGCUGCUUCCUGUCAGAUUCAGUUUAUAUGCAAAGGAAAAAUCAUUUUCACUAGGCAAAGCAGGUUGGAUGGACUUGGUGCUUCUAUUUCAUCUCCAUCACUCCUACCAGAUACAAACUCUGAUUCUGAACAGAGUUCCUUGAGGUCAAAAUCUGUUGGUGGAGCACAAAAUACUAGAUUAAGGCUCAAUAGUCUAACUCCCGAGUACCACAGAGGCAUGUCUGACAAUCGUGGGAUUAGAAGACCAGUCAUCACAUUGCCAAAUGACAAUCUUGAGUCAACUCCAGUGAGUAGGCUAAAUGCAGGAAGGGCCUCUGAUGAAUGGAGUGUGAUUUCACAGAGAAGUCCUUCGAUUGGUUCACGAUUGUCUACAUGUUCUAGUGACCUGGUGGAUGAUUCAGCUCUGAUCCCAUAUGCAACAAUCGGAAGUGGUGAAAUUAGAUCAGACUACAGUGCUGUGCCUGGUUUCUUAGAGGACAUUCAUCGUCCUUCACCUCCCAGUGUCCUACAGGAAGGAGGUAUGAAUGAUGAGCUUUACGAUCAGCUUGAACGAGCCAUGGCGGAGGCAGGCAAUUCCAGACGAGAUGCAUUUGAAGAGUCUAUCAGGCGCAGGAAGGCAGAAAAAGAUGCCAUGGAGGCUAAACGCAGGGUUAAAAGAUCUGAAAGCUUGUAUGCCAACGAAUUGAGACAAAGACGAGAGAUUGAUGAAGAGCUAGAAAAAACUAAGGAAGAACAUGAAGAUAUCAAGAAGGAGCUAGAUGAAGUCGCAGAAGAACUCCGCAUGGCACUUGAACAGAAAUCGUUUCUCGAAAGUCAAGUUGCAGAUUUUGAUCAGACUAUACAGGAGCUGGAACAGAAAAUGUUUUCUGCCGUUGAGCUACUGCAGAAUUACAAAAAGGAACGUGAUGAAUUGCAGGUAGAGUGUGAUGAUGCACUUAGAUCGUUAGAGGAACUGAGGGAGAAGCAAGCAGAAGAAUCCUCGAGCUCAAGCACGUCCCGGUUAUACACCGAGUUCUCGUUCUCAGAAAUCAAAGACGCCACUUGUAACUUCGACCCGUCUCUUAAGAUUGGAGAAGGAGGUUAUGGAAGCAUAUUCAGAGGUUUCCUUCGGCAUACUGACGUGGCCAUAAAGAUGUUAAACUCGCAUAGCCUGCAAGGAUCCUCGGAAUUUCAUCAGGAGGUCGAUGUUUUGAGCAAACUGAGGCACCCAAAUCUUGUAACCCUGAUCGGAGCCUGCCCUGAUGCUUGGAUAAUCGUCUACGAGUAUCUUUCUGGCGGAAGCCUCGAAGAUCGGCUCAACUGCAAAGACAAUACUCCUCCAUUGUCGUGGCAAAAUAGAAUCCGAAUAGCUGCUGAACUUUGUUCGGUUCUUAUUUUUCUUCAUUCUUGUGAUAUCGUUCAUGGUGAUCUAAAGCCCGCUAACCUUCUUCUAGACAAGAAUUUGGUUAGCAAAUUAAGUGAUUUUGGAAUCUGUCGCGUGCUCUCCCAAACCGAGUUUUCAAGCAACUACACAUCUUUGUGCUGUAGAACCAGCCCGAAGGGUACAUUUGUGUAUAUGGAUCCAGAAUUUAUUUCUACAGGAGAGCUUACCUCAAAGUCAGAUACGUACUCUUUUGGUAUUAUUUUGUUAAGGUUAUUAACGGGUAAGUCACCUUUGGGGUUAACGAAGGAAGUGCAACAUGCGUUGAAUAAAGAAAAUUUGAAGAAUAUAUUGGAUCCGACGGCUGGAGAUUGGCCGUUUGUGCAGGCACAACAGUUGGCUCUUUUAGCGAUGAAUUGCUGUGAUGUUGUUCGUGAAAAUCGGCCAGAUCUUGCAUCAGAGGUGUGGAAGGUGCUUGAACCGAUGCGGGUUUCAUGUGGACUCUCGUCGUUCCGAUUCGGUGCAGAAGGACGAUGCCAGAUUCCACACUACUUUAAUUGUCCAAUCUUUCAGGAAAUGAUGCAAGAUCCAGUGGUGGCUGCUGAUGGAUAUACUUAUGAAGCAGAGGCAUUAAGAGGAUGGUUAGACAGUGGACAUAACACCUCACCCAUGACCAACCUUGAGCUAGCCAACUCCAACCUUGUCCCUAACCGUGCUCUUAAAUCAGCCAUUCAAGAAUGGCUCCAACAAUCAUGAACCAUUUUCCCAGUUUAUUACAUACAUGUGUAUACAUAGAUGAAAAGAAGUUAUGUCUAUAUAUUAUAGGGGUUUAAUCAUUUGAGAACUCGAAAGUUUGUGAGAUUCGUGAGAACAACUACUUUAAGGUUUUGUUUCACGUGAUUUUUUCCAUCUAAGUAUAAUAUUUAAUGUAUUGAUUAACAUAUAUUUGUUUUAUA